CUCUCUCUCUCUUCCUCUUUCUCUCAAGGCGUUUGGCCAACUCUCGAAUCUCGAGACUCUCGACCCGGUGCCUCGCUCUCUCGCGAGAACGACGACGAGGACGAAGAGGAGUUGGUGCCGUGGUGGCGACAUCUAGGGUUUCCCCUCUCUCAGCCGCUUCCUCUCUCAUCGUCCUCACCCCGACGCACGGUCGCUCAGAAACCCUAAACCCCACUCGUCCUAUACUACUCGAUCACCACCUUCCUCGGCUCCUCCUCGCAUCGGAUUAGGACUAGUUGCUUCAAAUUUUCCCAAAUGGAAGCCAAAUUCUUCCGGUUCCUCAAAAUCGUGGGUGUCGGAUUCAAAGCAAGGACCGAAUCGGAGGGCCGGCAGUUGUUCCUGAAAUUGGGUUACAGCCACGAGGUGGAGUUCGCCGUCCCUCCAGCUGUCCGCGUCUUCUGCUUCAAGCCAAACAUAAUAUGCUGCACAGGUAUCGACAAGGAGAGGGUGCACCAGUUCGCGGGGGCUGUCCGGAGUUGUAAGCCCCCCGAGGUUUAUAAAGGGAAAGGUAUAAUGUACAUUGACGAAGUCGUGAAGAAGAAGCAAGGUAAGAAGUCGAAGUGAUUGCCGGGAAUAGGAAGCAUAUUUGUUGCUUGUUUAAGCUCAUUGAGAAGUAGAUCCAAUGCGGCUUUUGUUUGUCGUAGAUUAGUGUAAUGUUUAAUUCGAGGAUCAAAUUGGUCUUUUGUAAUUUUUUUGUGUGCUAUUUGUUUACACCCCUCCGUAGAGAAAAAUAAUGUUGGCAUGGUAUAAGUGAAUGGAAUUGUAGUCCAUUUUGAAAUGGGCCCUCUAAACUCUUUUAUCAUCAUCAUUAUUAUUAAUUUACACUCCCUUAUCUUUGUUUUUA